AUGGUCAUUCAUUCCGGAGAUGAGGACAAUACCAUGGCACUCAGCUCUGGUAUCAACUACAACAACGGUGCCGGGAACAUCAAGGCUGGCGUUCAGUCAAUGGAGAUCAAAGAUCCCUCGGGGAGGACGAUCAUGACAGCUAGAUCCAAGUACUGCGUCUCUUCCGGCUGUCCUCAAGGCAUUUACAACAUGAAUUACUUGGUCUCUCCGUUCGAAGACGGAACAAACGACGCGGAUUGCAAGUCAAUUGGAGCUCAAGCCAUGCCAAUUACUUCGGAUUUGGAUGCUCCCGUUUGCGGGGAUGACAAAAAUGAUUGGACUUGCAUCAUCUGCGAUACCACGAAGGUUACACUACUUACACCAGCCUCCGAAGAGUGGUCAAUGGGAAAGACGGACGUCGGUCUUGAGGACUUUGCGGCCUUAGGAAACUAUUGGCCUCUGGCUGGCUCCUUCAUUCUCAUCUCCAUGAGCAGGAUCAACACCCUUUACAAUGCCUGGCUUAGUGCCGUAGCUGAAGCCACCAGCAAUGCUCAGGACAUGAAGAACACCUUCAUUGACACCUUUGCCUAUGACCCUUCCAAGGACGUUGCAACACAAUUGAACUCGUGGUCCCUGAGCCAAGUCUUUGACGUGGUAGGCGGUCAGGCUUUUAGCGGACUCUCGCGAAUCAUUGGCGAAAGCGAGGCAGCCGAAGGUGCCUAG